ACAAAAAAAAAUGUUAAAAAAUUGUCUAUUAUUGGGUUCCGUACUUAUAGUAUGUUUGGGUCAACUAAAUGCUGUAUUGGACCCAAAAGUUGUCUGCUAUUAUGAGUAUUGGUAUGCCUACCGUACCGGUGCUAAAGAUGGCAAAAUGACUGUCGAUGAUAUCGAUAGCACAUUGUGUACGCACAUUGUCUACAGCUAUCAGGGCAUCGAUACCGAUCUGACCGUCAAAAUUAUGGACCCCUGGCUAAUGAAAGAUAAACAUGACCUGGAACAUUUUGCCAAAAACAAGGGUCACGCCAAGGCUAUGGUAGCCAUCGGUGGCUGGUCAGGCUCCGGGCCCUAUCAGCAAGUGGUCAGUACGCCAGCCAAUCGCCAAACGUUUGUCUCAAGUGUUGUUAGCUAUUUGAAAACCUACAAUCAUGACGGCCUGUUCCUCGACUGGUCAGGUAUUACCUAUUCGGAUGACUUCCUCGAGCUUCUCCAUCUACUGCACCAGGAGUUUCAACCCAAUCAUUGGACAUUGGGUUUGACACUACCGUCGGUUAUACCCAAAGAUUUCAAGACAGACAAAGUUGAUCCUUAUAUCGAUUUGAUUGCCAUCCAGACCUAUGAUUUUCAUGGCAGCUGGGAAAUGGAGGUCGGCCUACAAGCACCGGUAACAUGGCAGUUGGACGUAAUGAGCGAAUGGUUCAAAUCGGGUGCCACUAUGGAUAAGCUAUUGUUGACAAUACCUUUCUACGGACAUACCUGGUUGUUGGCCGAUGAGUCUAAAUCGGAACCUGGCGACAAAGCUACCGGUGCCGGACCUGCCGGACCUAUUACCCAAUCGCCCGGUAAACUUGGCUACAAUGAGUUAUGUCGAAUGGUCAAAGAUGAACCAAUCGGUUGGGAUGCGCACCGGGAUGAAAAAGAGGCCGAAAUCUAUAUUGUACACAAAAAAGAGUGGAUAACCUACGAGGAUGUUAAAUCAUGCGAGUCUAAGACACACUUGGCUACCAGCUUAGGGUACGGUGGUGUCGUAGUCCAGGCCCUAUCCAAUGAGGACUACCGGGGCGAAUGUGGCGACAAAUAUCCACUGUUGAAAGCGGUCAACAAAGGUCUGGAUAAAACCCCGGUAACACCGCCUACACAUCCACCCCAUCCAACCGAACCAACUCAGCCGACACCCGAUCCCUCGCGUAUAUGCAAAAAGUCCGGUAUAUUCAAGGAUCCGCACGAUUGCCACAAAUAUCAUGUCUGUGAGGAACUGUUCCCCGGUAUCUACUCGGAUGAGGUCAAGACAUGUCCGAAAGGUGAAGGUUUUGAUGAAACUACACUCAAAUGUAUCGAUCAGACCAAAGUACCCGGUUGUCAGUGAAUAAGGGGAUAGGGAUGGGGACAGUAGUGUUUUUUUUAUGGGGGGACAGUUGUUUGUAAUUAUAAUUGAUAGCCAAACAAAAAAAAAGUUAUUAUUAUUAUUUGUUUUUUUUCUAUUUUGUUGUAUUUUUUUGUGGUAACAAACAUGUGAUAUACUAUUAAUAUUAUAAUAAUAAUUAUAACUAAAAUCAAUAAAAUUGAAAAAUAAAAAAUUUGUUUUAUUA